ACUAGAACUUUCCAUAUUCCCCACCCAAAACAAAUUCAUUUCUCUUCUUGCUUUUUCUCGACAAGCAAAUACAAAAAGGUUCGUUUUCAUUGGAGUCAAAGAGACCAAAUCCCCAAAACUGUCACUUGUAACAUAAGAAACUGAGAAUUAUUCCCAUUCUAUUGGGUCUUUCUUUAUCUAAAACAUCAUAAUAUAUAUGUUCGGUUCUACUUCUGCAACUUUCUAAGAAAAAAAUUGCAGUAUUGUCCAAGUUAGGGAACUGCAGGAACAUUGACUAACUAAACAUAUUCUUUGUGUGGGCAAUUCAAGAUGGAUUUACACAAGGAAGAUGAUAGAGGCUCAGCAAUGCAGAAGAAGGUCAAAAUUGUUUUUGUUAUAGGUGGUCCGGGGAGUGGUAAAGGAACACAAUGCAAAAGAAUAGCACAACAAUUUGGAUACACUCAUCUUAGCGUUGGCGAGAUUCUACGUCAAGAAAUCAGUUCUGGUUCUGAAACUGGCUCUAUGAUUCAGAAAAUUAUGAAGGAGGGAAAGCUUGUUCCGUCGGAUGUAACAGUGAGGCUUCUUCAACAAGCCAUGCAGGGAAUCAAUAGUGACAAAUUCCUUAUCGACGGCUUCCCCCGGAAUGAAGAGAAUGUUAAAGCAUUUGAGGAUCUUACAAAAAUGGAGCCUGAGUUUGUCCUUUAUCUAGAUUGUCCACAAGACGAAAUGGAGAAGCGCUUGCUAUCAAGAAAUGAGGGAAGAGAGGAUGAUAACGUCGAGACAAUAAGGAAGCGAUUUAAAGUUUUUAUGGAGUCAACUCUCCCUACAAUUGAAUACUAUGAAUCAAAGGGGAAAAUUAGGAAGGUUGAUGCUGGAAAAUCUGUUGAUGAGGUUUUUGAAUCCAUCAAAGUCAUUUUCUCACAAGGAAAAGAUUAUAACAAGGUGGCACCAAGCAGACACAAGUGCAAAUGCUUGAUACUUUGAAUGGAUGAGUGUCUUCAACGCUUGAUCAUUUACAAAUAUAUUUAUAAAUGCGCGAAAUUUAACUUAUAGAUACAAUUCGUGUGCUUGAACUUUGUUGCAAUAAGUCAGAUCCUGGUUAUGAAUCCACUUAUUAUUGACGGCUAAAGGCCAAUAGUCGUCCUUCUGGGGAUUUGAUUGUGUGAAAAAUUAUCUCGCAAAGUGUAUAUAAGCUUAACUUUGUAUCG